CAUUGUCUCUGUUCUUCAUCACAAAAAAAUUCUUCUCCAACGAAAUAAAUAAGAGAAGCUCAGAGACAAUGGCAUUCAACAAAAACCUUCUAAUCACCAUCGUGACCCUCUCUUCCCUUUUACUAUCCACCGCCCAUGCCUCCGUCCAAUCACCUUCUCCCUCCCCAUCUUCCUCCCCGUCUUCCGCACAAUCCUUCCUCGUCGCAAACCCCAACAACAACAUCCUCGGCACCGCAUCAUCGAACCCAGGCGACAACCUCUUCAAAUCCAGCCUCCUCGUCACAAACCCCAACAACAACAUCCUCGGCACAGCAUCAUCGAACGCAGGCGACAACCUCUUGAAUCCCAGCCUCCACGUCAUGAACUUCUGCAAAGGCACUGAGAACCCUGCACUCUGCUCUGGAACCAUUGCCCCAUUCAUGGAAGGCCCCUUCGACCCCAUGAAGGCUCUCGAGACCGAAAUGGAAGCCACCUUCAUCCAAAGCAAGAAGGUCGCCAAGCUCAUCGCCGACGAACUCAGAAACCCUAACAUCGACCGAAGGGCACGCGGCGCCCUCGACAUCUGCAAGUCUCAGUACAAGAGCAUCAUGGAAACUGUGAACGAGGCCGUGGAGUUGUUGAACGAACAGAACGUGGUUGAUGCUUAUUACAAGUUCAGCUCCGUUAUCUCUGACCAAUCAACUUGCGAGGACGCGUUUGUGGAAUCUCCCGGAGUUACCAUUCCCUUCGCCGAGGACUCUCACACUGUGUAUCAGCUUGGUGGGAACUGCUUGGCCAUCAUGGAUGCCAUGGUUAAUAGCCGUAACAAUUUUCUCUUGGCUUGAGUAUUGCGUGGAUGCAUGCAUGCAUGUGCUUCCAGUGAUAUCAUGUUUAUAUUAACUACUUGUGUUCAUUGUCGUUUCUUUGCAAGGUUGUUUUGUGGUCACUGUUGUGAUCUUGAAAAACACACUGCAAUAGGGCUCAAGGGUUUUUAAAUUUUGUAAGUUUUGAAAAACGAUGAUGGACUAAUAGGGUUAAAUAUCCAUCUGAGUAGGUAUGCUUGUAUCAGCAGCUGCAAUUCUGCAGUUUUAUUUUAAUGAUAAUGACUGAGGGCACGUCUUUUUAA